AUGUACCUGGGAAGCGGCAGUGCGGCCGGUCCGGCCCAGCGGAGCCGUGUGGGCUCUGGAGGGGCUGCCGGCUCCCACCAGAGCAACGGGGCUUCUCGCGCUAAAACCCGGCAGUGGCGGAAGAUGCAGAUAAAAAUUAUGUUAUUUAAAGUGUAUUCAGGGUUGGGUGACCUGGAGAGGGCCAGAUGGUUCAUGAACCACCCGGCUCCAGCAAACAGCCGCUACAAACCCACUUGUUAUGAACAUGCUGCUAACUGCUACACACAUGCAUUCCUCAUCGUUCCUGCCAUCGUGGGCAGCGCUCUCCUGCACCGCCUCUCCGACGACCGCUGGGAGAAGAUCACGGCCUGGAUGUACGGCGUGGGGCUCUGCGCGCUCUUCAUCGUGUCCACGGUGUUCCACAUCGUUUCCUGGAAAAAGAGCCACCUACGGACCAUGGAACAUUGUUUCCAUAUGUGUGACAGAAUGAUGAUCUAUGUCUUCAUUGCUGCGUCAUAUGCACCAUGGUUAAAUCUGCGUGAGCUUGGACCUCUGGCAUCUCAUAUGCGUUGGUUCAUCUGGCUAAUGGCUGCUGGAGGAACUAUUUAUGUAUUUCUCUACCAUGAAAAGUACAAGAUUGUUGAACUCUUUUUCUACUUGGCAAUGGGAUUUUCUCCUGCUCUGGUAGUGACAUCCAUGAGCAACACGGAUGGACUUCAGGAGGUCGCCUGGGGAGGCCUGAUAUACUGUCUGGGGGUGGUGUUCUUCAAGAGCGAUGGCAUCAUCCCCUUUGCCCACGCCAUCUGGCACAUGUUUGUGGCCACAGCAGCUGCAGUCCAUUACUAUGCUAUUUGGAAGUACCUUUACAGGAGUCCUGCCGACAUCAUUCGCCACUUGUGAUACCUGGGGGCGCAGGACAAGUGAAUCUGCACUUGGCCUCUGUAGCAGUAUUAUUUGACUUAAGGAAUUGGGGGAAAUUGGGAAGUUGCACAAGAAAAAAUGCACUGACUUUGAUAGUUCUCUGAACACAAUUACUGUGAACCGAUGUUGUAUGUGUCCUGGAAUUGCCCUUCAGAUAUGGCAAGUGCUGUAAGUAACCACGAUCCUGAACUGCAAUACUAAGAGUCCAUUCCACAUUAGUAGAACCGGCUACCUGAUGUUUACAAAUAAAUUUUGUAUUCUAGUUUAAUUUUACAAUUUUUAAAUAUAUGAAUCUUUUCUAAAUUAGUGAUUCAAAUUGUGAAGUCAGUGCAAUAAGAAAAAUGUAACUCUUUAUUUGAAAUUAGUUUCUAUCACUUUCCACUAGUCAUUCACUAAAGGUGAA